AGGGAUGCACUCCACGUUCGUGUCGUCCCGCCCGCACAUGCGCCGAUCGGACCGGCCGCCAAGCGCCAUUGCUCGGCAGCUCGCCUCAGUUGACUGCCGACACGUUGUACUGUUUCGAGCUGCAAUUGCGAGCCCGGCAAGGGUGGUUGGCUGGCUGGCUGGUUGGUGACCCUGAUUGCUUGCAUUGCAUAGGCUUCUUCUUGGCGGCAGGGUCUACAUACACUUAUCAGUUGUGUUGUUAUGUGCAUCGAUCGAAGGCGCUAGCAAUGGGGAAGGCCGGGAAAUGGCUGAGGAGCAUCUUGGCGGGGAAGAAGGACGGCGGCAGGAGGAGGGGGAACAAGCAGGGGCAGUGUGACGCCACGCCUUUGGCCGAGCUGCCGGCAGCGGCGAGCCCGAGGGAGAAGAAGCGGUGGAGCUUCCGAAAGCCGGGGAAGGCUGCCACGCCGUCACCGUUGACCCCGGAGCCAAGCGCUGCCGGCGGUGUGUCCGUAUCGGUGUCGGAGCGCGAGCUUGAGCAGAGCAAGCACGCCGUGGCGGUGGCCGUAGCGACCGCGGUGGCUACCGAUGCCGCAGUGGCUGCGGCUGCCGCGGUGAUACGCCUGACGGCCGCCGAGGCGGAGGACGAGUUGUAUGCAUGCCCCAUCGAGGAGGCCGCAGCCUCAAAAAUCCAGGCCACCUUCAGAGGCUACUUGGCCAGGAAGGCUCUAUGCGCGCUGAGGGGGUUGGUGAAGCUGCAGGCGCUGAUCAGGGGCCAGCUGGUAAGAAAGCAAGCACACGCCACGCUCCGCCGCAUGCAGGCCCUCCUCAUGGCGCAGACCCGCCUGCGCGCGCAGCGCAUGCGCAUGCUCGAGGACGAUGAUGCCUAUGCAGCCAACGUCGCUACGGUUGAACGCCGGUCGCCGCAGCACCCAAGGCGCCGCCGCUCCUACGAGAUGGACAGGUCCGGCGAGGAGCACGCCAAGAUCGUCGAGAUGGACACUUGGGGGCCGCCUAGGCCGGGGCGGAGCAGCUGCUCGGUCGCGACGAGCGAGUCGAGGGAACGGCGGCAAGCAGAGUACUACGGCGCCGCCCAGUGCUCGCCCGCGCCGUCGGCGGCAUUCACCGAGCACUUCGAGUACUUGGAGCCGGCGACGGCGCGUGUUGGCCCGUACGUGCCGGCCUCCGUCGACGACGACGGCGAGUCCGUAUCGGAGUUCUUCCCCAACUACAUGGCCAACACCCAGUCGUCGCGCGCCAAGGCCCGGUCCCAGAGCGCGCCGAGGCAGAGGCCCUACUCGCCGUCGCCGCUCGACCGGCAGCCGAGCCGGCGCCGCGGCGGCGCUGCGCCCGUGCCGAGGAGCGUCAAGAUGCAGCGUUCGUCGUCACACGUCGGGGUGCCGUCCUCGGCAGCCGGCGACUACGCGCAGUACCAGCACCAGUACCACCCAUGGCCGGUGAAGCUGGACAGGUCCAGCGUGUCGCUCAAGGGCAGCGAGUGCGGGUCGACGAGCUCCGUCCUCACUGCGGCCACCACCGUCGGCUACUGCCGCUCCCUCGUCGGAUUCGAGGUGCAAAGAAGCCAGUACUGAGUAACUGGCAGCUGAAACAAAAACAAGUCACAAGUGGAUGCUCAACUUCAGGACAUCUCAAAGAUAGUGUUCUUGAGUGGACGUCAAAUGUGGGCGCUCGUUGCCUGGUGACUCAAUUCAAUCCGUGCCGCGUUUCAGUUGGCGAUCUGUGCAUAACCUGGACUAUCUGUCUCAGUUAAAUGACCAAUAAUUCGUACGACAUCAGAGGUCUACAAUUGUGGUCAAUACUACUACCUCUAUUCAUAAAUAAA